AAAAAAUUAAAAAAUGGCAAAGGAUAAAUAGGGGGAGAUAGAUGUAGAUAAUAUAAUUGAGAGAUUAUUAAGUGUGAGAGGGAGUAAACCUGGAAAGAAUGUAAAUUUAUCAGAAUCUGAAGUGAGAGGAUUAUGUAUAAAAGCAAGAGACAUUUUUAUAAGUUAACCAAUAUUAUUAGAAUUAGAGGCUCCUCUUAAAAUAUGUGGUGAUGUGUUAAUUUUAAUGAUUUUAUAGGCGAUGUUCAUGGUCAAUAUUUUGACCUAUUAAGAUUAUUUGAAUAUGGUGGUUAUCCUCCAGAAAGUAAUUAUCUUUUUUUGGGAGAUUAUGUUGAUAGAGGUAAAUAAUCAUUGGAAACUAUUUGUUUACUUUUGGCAUAUAAAAUAAAGUAUCCUGAAAACUUUUUUCUUUUAAGAGGAAAUCAUGAAUGUGCAUCAAUUAAUAGAAUCUAUGGGUUUUAUGAUGAAUGUAAUAAAGAUGAAUAAAAUGAGGUAAACGUAGAUAUACAAUUAAAUUAUGGAAAACAUUUACAGAUUGUUUUAAUUGUUUACCAGUUGCAGCAUUAAUAGAUGAAAAGAUUCUAUGUAUGCAUGGAGGCUUAUCACCUGAACUUUCUAAUUUAGAAUAAAUAAGAAGAAUAAUGAGACCUACAGAUGUACCAGACACUGGACUUCUUUGUGAUUUACUAUGGUCUGAUCCAGAUAAAGAUGUUUAAGGUUGGGCUGAUAAUGAAAGAGGUGUUUCAUAUGUUUUUAGUUAAGAAAUAGUAUAAGUCUUUCUUAAAAAACAUGAAUUAGAUCUUAUCUGUAGAGCUCAUUAAGUAAUUUAUAUUAUUUAUUUAUAAUAGGUAGUUGAAGAUGGUUAUGAAUUUUUUAGUAAAAGAUAAUUGGUUACUCUAUUCUCAGCUCCAAAUUAUUGUGGUGAGUUUGAUAAUGCAGGUAUUUUUAUGCAGUCUCAUUUCCAGGUUCUAUGAUGACUGUUGAUGAAUCCCUUAUGUGUUCCUUCCAAAUACUUAAACCUGCCGAAUAAGGUGCUUAAGGUGUUUCAUAAUAAAACAAACCUCCUAGUGCCAAGUUUGUAAACUGAUUUAAAUCAGAAAAUUUAUAUAAAAC